AUGGCCCCUCUCCUGGACCUGUUCUCUGCAUGCGGGCUGCGGUACGGCACAUGUCCGUCGGGUGCUCACGACUUCUCUGACCAGUUUGCACUGAUGGACCUUGAAGCAGGCACUGCGGCCAGCACUGACCUGUGCUCCCCAAACCCUCCAAACCCUCCAGGCACUGUGGCCAGCGCUGACCUCUGCUCCCCGAGCCCUCCAAACCCUCCAGGCACUGUGGCCAGCGCUGACCUCUGCUCCCCGAACCCUCCAGUCUCUGUGACCAACGCUGACCUGUGCUCCCCAAACCCUCCAAACCCUCCAGGCACUGUGACCAACGCUGACCUGUGCUCCCCAAACCCUCCAAACCCUCCAGUCUCUGUGACCAACGCUGACCUCUGCUCCCCAAACCCUCCAAACCCUCCAGUCUCUGUGGCCAGCGCUGACCUCUGCUCCCCGAACCCUCCAGUCUCUGUGACCAACGCUGACCUGUGCUCCCCAAACCCUCCAAACCCUCCUGUCUCUGUGACCAACGCUGACCUGUGCUCCCCAAACCCUCCAAACCCUCCAGUCUCUGUGACCAACGCUGACCUGUGCUCCCCAAACCCUCCAAACCCUCCAGUCUCUGUGACCAACGCUGACCUGUUCCUCCUGGUGUUCUCCUGCCUCGUGCUGUCUGUGUUUUCCACCAUCAAGGAGUAUGAGAAGAGCUCAGAGGGGGCCCUCUACAUCCUGGAAAUCGUGACUAUCGUGGUGUUUGGUGUGGAGUACUUCGUGCGGAUCUGGGCCGCAGGCUGCUGCUGCCGGUACCGUGGCUGGAGGGGGCGGCUCAAGUUUGCCCGGAAGCCGUUCUGUGUGAUUGACAUCAUGGUGCUCAUCGCCUCCAUUGCGGUGCUGGCCGCCGGCUCCCAGGGCAAUGUCUUUGCCACAUCCGCGCUGCGGAGCCUGCGCUUCCUGCAGAUUCUACGGAUGAUCCGCAUGGACCGGCGGGGAGGCACCUGGAAGCUACUGGGCUCUGUGGUCUAUGCCCACAGCAAGGAGCUGGUCACUGCCUGGUACAUCGGCUUCCUCUGUCUCAUCCUGGCGUCGUUCCUGGUGUACUUGGCAGAGAAGGGGGAGAACGACCACUUUGACACCUACGCAGAUGCACUCUGGUGGGGCCUGAUCACGCUGACCACCAUUGGCUACGGGGACAAGUACCCGCAGACCUGGAACGGCAGGCUCCUGGCGGCAACCUUCACCCUCAUCGGUGUCUCCUUCUUCGCACUUCCUGCAGGCAUCUUGGGGUCUGGCUUUGCCCUGAAGGUUCAGGAGCAGCACCGGCAGAAGCACUUUGAGAAGAGGCGGAACCCAGCUGCAGGCUUGAUCCAGUCGGCCUGGAGAUUCUACGCCACCAACCUCUCGCGCACAGAUCUGCACUCCACGUGGCAGUACUACGAGCGCACGGUCACCGUGCCCAUGUACAGUUCGCAAACUCAAACCUACGGGGCCUCCAGACUCAUCCCCCCGUUGAAUCAGCUGGAGCUGCUGAGGAACCUCAAGAGUAAAUCUGGACUUGCUUUCAGGAAGGAGCCCCCGCCGGAGCCGUCUCCAAGCCAGAAGGUCAGUUUGAAAGAUCGUGUCUUCUCCAGCCCCCGAGGCGUAGCUGCCAAGGGGAAGGGGUCCCCGCAGGCCCAGACUGUGCGGCGGUCACCCAGCGCCGACCAGAGCCUCGAGGACAGCCCCAGCAAGGUGCCCAAGAGCUGGAGCUUCGGGGACCGCAGCCGGGCGCGCCAGGCUUUCCGCAUCAAGGGCGCCGCAUCACGGCAGAACUCCGAAGAAGCAAGCCUCCCUGGAGAGGACAUUGUGGAUGACAAGAGCUGCCCCUGCGAGUUUGUGACUGAGGACCUGACCCCGGGCCUCAAAGUCAGCAUCAGAGCCGUGUGUGUCAUGCGGUUCCUGGUGUCCAAGCGGAAGUUCAAGGAGAGCCUGCGGCCCUACGACGUGAUGGACGUCAUUGAGCAGUACUCAGCCGGCCACCUGGACAUGCUGUCCCGUAUUAAGAGCCUGCAGUCCAGAGUGGACCAGAUUGUGGGGCGGGGCCCAGCGAUCACGGACAAGGACCGCACCAAGGGCCCGACCGAGGCGGAGCUACCUGAGGACCCCAGCAUGAUGGGACGGCUCGGGAAGGUGGAGAAGCAGGUCUUGUCCAUGGAGAAGAAGCUGGACUUCCUGGUGAACAUCUACAUGCAGCGGAUGGGCAUCCCCCCGACAGAGACUGAGGCCUACUUUGGGGCCAAAGAGCCGGAGCCGGCACCUCCGUACCAUAGCCCGGAAGACAGCCGGGAGCACGUCGACAGGCACGGCUGCAUCGUCAAGAUUGUGCGCUCCAGCAGCUCCACGGGCCAGAAGAACUUCUCGGCGCCCCCGGCUGCGCCCCCUGUCCAGUGUCCGCCCUCCACCUCCUGGCAGCCACAGAGCCACCCGCGCCAGGGCCACGGCACCUCCCCCGUGGGGGACCCUGGCUCCCUGGUGCGCAUCCCGCCGCCGCCUGCCCACGAGCGGUCACUGUCCGCCUACGGCGGGGGCAACCGUGCCAGCACAGAGUUCCUGCGGCAGGAGGACGCCCCGGGCUGCAGGCCCCCUGAGGGGACUCUGCGGGACAGCGACACGUCCAUCUCCAUCCCGUCUGUGGACCACGAGGAGCUGGAGCGUUCCUUCAGCGGCUUCAGCAUCUCCCAGUCCAAGGAGAACCUGGAUGCUCUCAACAGCUGCUACGCGGCCGUGGCGCCUUGUGCCAAAGUCAGGCCCUACAUCGCGGAGGGAGAGUCAGACACCGACUCCGACCUCUGUACCCCCUGCGGGCCCCCGCCACGCUCGGCCACCGGCGAGGGCCCCUUUGGUGACGUGGGCUGGGCCGGGCCCAGGAAGUGA